AUGUCCGACACCAAGGUCUACCGCGCCAGCACCACUGCGCCUGUCAACAUCGCUGUUGUCAAAUACUGGGGAAAGCGCGACGCCAAGCUUAACCUCCCUACCAACAGCUCCCUCUCCGUCACCCUCUCCCAAGCCGAUCUCCGAACCCUCACAACUGCUUCUUGCUCGAGCUCCUUCACCGAUGGCGACAGUCUUACUCUCAAUGGAGAGUCCUCCGACAUCUCUGGCGCCCGAACACAGGCCUGCUUCCGCGAGCUUCGAUCUCGUCGUGCCGCUCUCGAGGCUGCCGACUCUUCUCUGCCCAAGCUCUCCACCUAUCCCCUGAAGAUUGUUUCCGAGAACAACUUCCCCACUGCUGCUGGACUCGCUUCUUCAGCUGCUGGCUUCGCUGCGCUGGUCCAGGCCAUCGCUCUUCUCUACGAGCUCCCCGACUCACCAUCUGACCUUUCGCUCGUUGCCCGACAAGGUUCCGGAUCUGCUUGCCGUAGUCUCUUUGGUGGCUAUGUCGCGUGGAGGAUGGGAGAGAAGGAGGAUGGAAGCGACUCCAAGGCCGACCUUGUCGCUCCCGCAUCACACUGGCCUGAGAUGCGAGCUCUGAUCCUUGUCGCUAGCGCCGCUAAGAAGGGUGUUUCUUCUACCUCCGGAAUGCAACAGACCGUUGCCACCUCUGGUCUCUUCAAGGAGAGAAUAACAAAUGUCGUCCCCGCCAACAUGGCCACCAUGGAGGAGGCUAUCAAGAACAAGGACUUUGCCAAGUUCGCCGAGGUCACCAUGCGCGACUCCAACUCUUUCCACGCUACUUGCGCCGACACCUUCCCUCCCAUCUUCUACAUGAACGACGUCUCACGCGCCGCCAUUCGUGCCGUUGAGUACAUCAACGAGAAGGCUGGCAAGACUAUUGCAGCCUACACAUUCGAUGCCGGUCCCAACUGUGUUAUCUACUACGAGGAGAAGGAUGCUGACACUAUCGUUGGCGCUUUCUACCAGGCUCUUCAGGGUGUCAGCGGCUUCAAGGAGGAUGCUGCCAGUGCCAAGUCCAGUGUUGGGCUUGAGAGCACUCUUGCUUCCACCCUGAAGGAGGGUGUGAGCAGGGUUAUCUCCACUGGCGUGGGCGAGGGCCCUAUCAAGACUGAUGAGUACCUUGUCGGAGAGGACGGCCAGGCUGUUCGCCGAUAG